CCUAAAAUAAUAAAGAUUAAAGUUAAGUAAUAUUGCUCAUUACAAAAAAUGGACAGUUAAUAAUAAAAGGAAUAUGGUACAUUAAUGCUAUAAGCUGUUUAUGAGCUUAACAAGACAAAAGAUCCUAAAACCCUUUUAUCUUAUGAAGUUCUUUUCAAAAAUUAUGGAUCUACUUUUCCAAAUUUACCAUCUUAAUAUCUGAUCGUACCUGAAGAUGAAAUGGAAAAUUUUAAGAGAGAAUUUGGUACUAAUGAGUAGAAAAAAAUAUAAAAUGUUUCUGAAGAGGAAUAAAAGGAUAUUUAUGCUAACAUUUUUAAACUCUAUAAGCCAGAAAAAAGCAUAUUUUAACAGCCAAAAUCUGGAAUUAGUUCUGUUUAUGAAAAAUAUGAGCCAAUUAUCUAAAAUUUACCAGAUGAAAAGUAUAAUUAGCUCAUGUAGGCAAUGCUUGAUAAAUUAGAGGACCCUAAAGAAAAAUAUGACAUCAUAUCUUAUUAAAAUUUAAAUGAAGUUUACAAUGGUAACAUAUCUAAAAAAAUACCAAAUGGAUAUUUGUUUUGUCCAGAUGAAGAUAUUGAAAGACUUAGUAGAAUUUAUUGUAUUGGAUCAAAGAAAAAAUAUAAAAAUAUAUUAAGAUAAGGAGAAUAAGAAAAAUAGAUUCUAAAUGAAUUUAAGGAAACAUACCCUCCUUAACAAAAAAAACAAAUAAAAGUAUGA